UCCCUAAUCCCCUUCCCAUUUCUUCUUCUCUCUGCUUGUUCUUCCAUUUCUCUCCCAAGCCUCCCUCUCUCUCUCUCUCUCUCUCUCUCUCUCCGAAUCCUCUCCUUCUCCAGCAGCCAUGGCCGCUGCAGUCACUGCUGCAGUUUCUUUCCCCUCCGCCACAAAAUCCUCUUCUCUCACUUCCAGAACCGCGCUAAUUUCCCCUGACAGAAUCGCUCUCAAGAAGGUCCCGGCGUUGUUCCAUCAUGGCGGAAGAGUGGUGGUGGCUCCGAUUAGAGCUCAGGUGACCACGGAGGCACCGGCGAAAGUGGAAAAAGAGUCGAAGAAGCAAGAAGAAGGAAUCGUGGUGAAUAAGUUCAAGCCUAAGAGUCCGUACGUUGGACGCUGCCUUUUGAACACGAAGAUCACUGGCGAUGAUGCUCCUGGUGAGACUUGGCAUAUGGUCUUCAGUACUGAAGGGGAAGUGCCGUACAGGGAAGGGCAGUCAAUUGGGGUAAUUGCUGAUGGAGAGGACAAGAACGGGAAGCCUCAUAAGCUCCGAUUAUACUCCAUUGCUAGCAGUGCCCUUGGUGAUUUUGGAGAUUCCAAGACUGUUUCUUUAUGUGUGAAGCGGCUUGUGUACACCAACGACCAAGGAGAGAUCGUCAAAGGAGUUUGUUCUAACUUUUUAUGUGACCUGAAACCUGGAGCAGAGGUGAAGAUUACAGGACCUGUAGGAAAAGAAAUGCUUAUGCCUAAAGAUCCCAAUGCUACAGUUGUCAUGCUUGCAACUGGAACUGGAAUUGCUCCAUUUAGAUCAUUUUUGUGGAAAAUGUUCUUUGAGAAGCAUGAUGACUACAAGUUUAAUGGAUUGGCCUGGCUCUUUUUGGGUGUCCCGACAAGUAGCUCGCUUCUCUACAAAGAGGAGUUUGAGAAAAUGAAAGAGAAGUACCCCGAGAACUUCAGGUUGGACUUUGCCGUUAGUCGAGAGCAAACAAACGAGCAAGGCGAGAAAAUGUACAUCCAAACUAGAAUGGCUCAAUAUGCCGAGGAGCUUUGGGAAUUAUUGAAGAAAGACAACACCUUUGUGUACAUGUGUGGACUCAAGGGCAUGGAGAAGGGAAUUGAUGACAUUAUGGUCUCUUUGGCUGCUAGAGAUGGGAUUGAUUGGCUGGAGUACAAGAGGCAGUUGAAGAAAUCAGAGCAAUGGAAUGUGGAAGUUUAUUAAUUUUAUAAAUAUAAUAUUUUCUACAUUUUGACUUCAACAUCUCUCUUUCAACCCCCCAUUAUUAUGUAGAUAUAGUUAAUUCCUUUUUUUAUAAUUUUCUGUAUUUUAAGCUAUUUUUAA